AUGAUUAAACACUCCCUCUUCUUUCUCUUUCUUCUGCUUCCCAUUUCCGCUUUUUCUGCCAAUCAUCACCGCCGGCGUCGUCCACCGCCAUCACCACCUUCUCCUCCUCCGUUGCAUCAGCAUCAACUUAAUAACAUAAUCGACGCUCUCGUUGGUGCUGGAGACUUCAAUAACUGGGCAAACAUGCUUUCCGCCUCCCAUUUCUUCAUGCUUCCACUUUCAGCUACCCUUUUCGUCCCUUCCGAUGAUUCCGUUUUCCCAUUUCCUGUCCCUGUUCCAACUUCUUCCACCACCGCCGCCGCUGCCUCCGCCACCGCCUUUGACCCUCUCAUCAUCCCUUACCACAUCGUCCCGCAACGCCUCACUUUCUCUCAACUCACCCUCUUCAAGCCUUUCUCUCGCUUACCGACUUUGCUUCCUUCCAAAACCCUCCUCAUAACCAACUCUUCCCACUCCAACUUCACUCUUGAUGCCUCUCAGAUUUCCCACCCGGAUCUUUACCUCACAUCAGCCAUUGCUGUCCACGGCAUUGCCUCGCUCCUCAACUACACUGUCUACGGUGGUGACCCUGGCCUUGUUCAUGGCCUUGCGCCAGCGCUUCCGCCGCCGCCGCCUCCACCAGCAAUGUUUCAGCCGCUGGGGGACGCGAUGGGUGAUAGGCGGAGAUCGGAUGCUGGUUGCUUGUUUGGGGAGUUUGCAUUUGUCUUGCUGCUGAUUCCUUGGUUGGUUUGGUGCAUCAAGAUUUAUGGGAAUCCUCUUGGCCUCUGAUGGGGUUCUUAACUCUUGUAAUUGUGCUUUAAUCACUGUGCUUUUGAUAUAACAAACAACAGUAUUUUCCCUUUGUAUUCUCUUAGAUUGGGGUGCUUUAUUUUUUUUUCUUUAUGGUUUGUUUGUUUUCGUACAUUCCUCGUGUAAUGUGAUUCGAGAGAAAAUUGG